AUGGAGCGAGGGAAAAUGGAUUGGGCUCUUGAGAGGAGCGUUGGGCCGGAGGAACCAUGGGACCCACCGUAUGUCAACUUGUCAUCGAACUUGCUACUCCGAGGGUCGGACUUUCCGCGCAUCAUGCCGUUGCUAAAGUACUUCAACUGCAUCGCGACUGCCGAUGGCCCGUCUUACGUCUGCCUGAUUUGCACUAACGCUCGUCCCACCAAGGAUUACCGGCGGCACAGUCGACGCUACAAUCAUCAAGUGAACAUCGCAAGGCACGAGGAAGCUGAACUAAUACGGCGUCACGAUGAUGUGAACUAUGAUCAUAUUGAUGUGCAGCCAGAUAUCCCAGAUUCACCGGACGGACUGCAAGGUCGUGCGCGGCCAGCGCCUGCAUCGGCCGAAGGCGGAGUCGCUACCGAGGGGCCGUCGUUACCGGGCGGGUUCGACCUCCCAAGCGGUCCAAGCGGGGAAAACUCAGGCGGCAUGCGUGACACGGCCGUGCCCGUAGGAGGAGAAGAACCAGCCUUGCUGGAGGACCUACACAACGACGACGAUGGCUUAUACGAUCUGCUUGAUGCCCAGGGUGGCUUAUCCGAUCAUGGCGAUGGGACCCCUGGGAACUCUGGCAACCGAGGCGGGGCUACGGCGGCCGAGACGAUGGCUCAGGACGAUUGGUUCCCAUUCAGAAAUAAGAUGGAUCUCAUAGGUUCUCUCAUGAUGGGUCAUACCCAUUCGAUGAUGUCUCGGAAGAUGUACUCAAAGAUAAGAGGAAUCCUCAGGUUAUGUGACGUGCAGAUUCCUGAGUGGGGCACGGUACGGGACUCCAGGGCUCGGAUCCGGGAGAUCACCCGGUCGAUGGUGAAGUCUGCUUGCAGUGUUUUUGACACUCCAUGUUUCUCUCUGAGUGCUCAGUCGCUCAUCUCUCAGGACUUGGGCAAUCCUCUGGUUAGCCCUCAUUUGGAGUUCUAUCCGGACAACACAGAGGGUCAAAAUGUAUCACGAUUUUCUCAAUCCCUCAAGUGGCUUCAGUACAUGGCUCCCGAGGACCGUGCCCAGAUGUGUGACGUAAAUGACAAGCAUUUCUACAUAUUCGAACCGGUUCAGCUUUUGACCAAAGAGGUGGUUGUGCCAAUCUUCUUUUACAUGUACCAUUGGCGAUUGCAUGCAAAAUGCACCCCGAUCUCCCCACUGCCUACCCCAUAUGGGAUCGUGGAGCACUACCGGCCCUAUGACAGAGCUCAACGUCAACAAUGGUACCCUCGGCGUGCCCCAUCUGGCAGAGGCCGACGCCGGUGGAGCACCCCACCACCAACCCGACCUCCUAGCCAGAUGCUCACCCGACACAUCCCUACCCCACAUAAUGUCUUUGAUACUGAAGAUGAUGACACGGACGCGGCCUCGCCGACAAGUCCCACCCGCGAUGUCACACCACCGGCCCCACGGGCCAUACGGAUUAGCGCCGAAGACACCAUCGGCCACCUGCCAUUCAAUUUGGUCCAGCAACUCGGCCUUGCCUCUGUGGAUGUUGAACUCGCCGACCGGCUGAUCGAUACCUCCCCAGAAUUCCGGUGGCCAUUAAGUGUCCUUCUCAUGCUCUCCGCCCAACAAGGACCCGUGCGUCCAAUGCCCCCUCGGCACCGCCCUCAACUGACCCAGGAACCGCUCACCGAGCCCCAAACCUUUGCUUUUGAUGACUCCUUCAACUCACCCAACGCACACCACCCCAGCCCGAUCAGUCAACCACCCAAUGCACUUGAUGUUUGUCUACCCAUGCUUCCCCCUGGAUACACCUCCUCCGAUCCCAGCGCGAUUGCGCACCUCCAACGAUUGUUCAAAGAGAAUAUCACGGAAGAGAAAGUGCGCUUACGUCGUACAAUCAUGGUGAAGAUAUCACCUUAUUAUUCGGCCCACGGACCCAUCCCAACCCUUGACGACCUCAUGGCAUAUGUAUGGCACAAACAAAGGCCUGACCCAGACCUGCAGCCGGCACCUCUUGAACCCCCUCCCCCGGGGCGCCAGGUCGACCGUGUGCGAAUUGCACACACUCGACUACACAUGCUUAACUACAAGUAUGGCUGGCCAGUCCCCUCAUCUUCCAACUGGACCAUGUUUGACCGGGACCUCCAGGCCCUUGCGGGUCGAGAUUCUAUAUAUCGGCAGGCUCAUGCCAAUGCAAUUCUGCUCAGAGAUACUCUGCUAUUCAAUGGCCUCAACACCCUUGCAAGUAUUCCUGAACCCGACCGGCGUCUCCCCAAUGAACAGGAGAUUGAUCACCAGAUCAUGAUGAUCGAAGUCGGGGCAACCCUCUUGGAUACUGGAGAGCCUGAGCUUGCCCCGGAGCACGAAGAAUGA